CGGGCUUCCUGGGGCUGCAGCCCGGGGCGCAGUUCCUCAUUCCGCUCGCACUCGGGCCUCAGACUCAGUGGAGCUUAACACCGGGGCAUUGGUGACUGCGCUGAGGGGCCCCCACUGCCCCGUCAUGGAGUCUGCUCUCACCGUCCUCCUCCUUGGCUGCUGGCUGGCCGGGCACAGCGGGGUGUGGGGAGCAGGGAGUAAAUUUCUCAAACCCACCAUCUGGGUGAGCCCCAGCAGGGUGGUGGCGCUCGGGGGAAAUGUCACCAUCCGCUGUGAGGGUCGGCAACGAUCCAUGGAGUUCUUUCUGCGUAAAGCUGGACACCCGAACCUGCAGGUGCGGACGGUGCCUGAUGGGACCGUGGCUGAAUUUCCCAUCACCAAUGUGGGCCAGGAAGAUGGAGGGAGCUACACCUGCGACUAUCGCUCCAUAGUGGAUCAGAGUCACUCAUCACAUCCCAGCGACCCCGUCGAGAUCAUUGUGGGAGAGCCCAGCUACCCCAAACCCAACAUCUCUGUGAGCCAGGGGGGAGCUGUGGUCGUCCGGUGUUGGGGGCAGCACCAGGAUGUCCGGUUUGUGCUGAAUAAAGAGGGACGCCAUUUCCCACCUGUGGAUUCGGAUGGGUUUGAGGCUGUGUUUUCCAGCAGCAACGUUCACCGGGAUCUCGGCGGGAGAUACAGCUGCUCCUAUCACAGCCGAUCGGAGCCGUUCGCCGUGUCGUACCCCAGCAACCAAGUGGAGCUGGUGUUGAGAGAUCCCAACUUACCCAGACCCUCCAUCUCUCUGAGCCCCACUUGGGUCACUGCCCCAGGGACAGACGUCACCAUCCGGUGUCAGGGGUGGCGCCGGGACAUGAGGUUCUUCCUGCACAAGACUGGAGACCUGAACCCACAGCAACACAUGGACCCUGCUGGGACCAGGGCCGAGUUCCGCAUCCCCACCGUGAGCUGGCAGCAUGGAGGGAACUACAGCUGCAGCUACCGGCCCCGAUCAGAGCCCUUCGUCUCCUCAGAGCCCAGCGACACCGUGGAGCUGGUGGUAACAGAGGGAACUGACCCAACCCAGCCUGGAGCGACGCCGGCUCCCACCUGCCCAGGCAGCGCGGGGCCAGGUGGAUCAGAAUCGCCGGCACCUCCGGGUCUGACCAGCCCCAUCAUCGCCAGGGACUCACCUGGACCCUCAGAAGAUGCUGGUUCUAUUCCCACAAUGGGAACCGGCCCGACCCAGCCUGGAGCGGCGCCGGCUCCCACCCGCCCGGGCAGCGCGGGACCAGACGGAUCGGAAUCGCCGGCACCUCUGGGUCUGACCAGCCCCAUCAUUGCCGGGGUGAGCGCGGCAGCCGCCGGCUUCCUCCUCCUCCUCCUCCUUGUGGCCUUCGUCUGCUUCAGAAUAACCCGAGCCAGAAAAGGAGCCGCACUGAGACCGAGCAGCACCAGCCCCUUGGGGGUGUUGGAGGCCCCGGCUCAGCAAGACCCCAUCUACGCUUCCAUUGACGAAGUGAAAAUGACACACACCCUCGAGCCCAACCCUGGCACCGACGGACUCACCUGUGCCUAGCUGGACCGCUAGGCACUGCAAGCCAAGCGGGGGGACCUGGUAUCUGGUGUGAGCUGCUGCACUUCGCAGGUCACAGAGCUUCACCCACCCACUCCGUAGCAGACCCCAGCCUCCGGCUGAGUCACUGACAACCUCAAAUCAUGGGUUAAAGACUUCAAGUUACAAAGAAUCCUCUAUUGACACUAGUUUAAACCUGCCCACACCCCACACCUCAGGCUGCAGAUGAAGGCAAACCCCCCCACACCAGGGUCUCUGCCAAUCUGACCGGGGGAAAAUUCCUUCCUGGCACCAGAUACAGUGACCAGUUAGACCCUGAGCAUGUGGGCAAAAUCCACCAGCCAGACACCUGGGAACGGAUUCUCUGUAGUAACUCAGAGCCCUUCCCAGCAAGUGUCCCAUCUCCGGCCAUUGGAGAUAUUUGGUGCUAACAAUCGCGGAUUGGAUCCAUGCCGUUGUGGGAUGUCUCCUCAUCCCUUCCCCUCCAGAAACUUCUCAUGCUCAUUCUUGAAGCCAAUUAGGUCCUGUGAUGAAGUGGGACUGUUCUUAAUGUUUCCUCUGAAUACUGUGUGUGUGCCUCAGUUUCCCCUAUGCAUUUCUUAAGUCUCCAGUGUGCAUAAAUGGCCGACACUUUGUAU